AUGGUCAUUAUAACGCCUACUUAUACCGGCUGUCCGGCAAUGGGCAUAAUCGAAGAUGAUAUCAUAGCCCUUUUAAAGCAACAUGGUGUUCAAGAACCUAAAGUAACAUUGGUUUAUUCACCCGCAUGGACAACCGAUUGGAUGACAGAAACAACAAAGCAGAAGCUCCGCGAUUUCGGUAUUGCGGCUCCAAUGCAUUCGUCUUGUUCCAGUUGGAUUAAGCCUGCGAAUACACAUGUACAUUGCCCACGUUGCAAUUCCAAAAACACAAAAUUAGGAACAAUACCGGCAAAACGCCACGUUGUGAGUCGUCAAGCGAAUGGAAACCUUUACCAAGAAGAGUUGGUGGGUACGCAAGGUUUUGCAGGAAUGUCUUCGUUAGUCUAUCAUUUGUAUCCACCAACACGUGUGAAGCAAAAAGACAAAGCCUAUUCAGUAGCUCCAAAAAUCGCCAUCGAUAAUGGAUUAGAUUGUAUGAGUUUUCAAGGGUUUCAGCUACAGCCUGAAAAAGAUUACUUGAAAAGUCGCAAAACACUUUUUGUGAAUGCUAAUAUGCAUAUAGGGUUGGCGGCACCAAUGGAAAGCACUUCAUACUUUUAUAAAAAUGCCGAUGCCGAUGAAAUGAUUUUCGUGCAUGAAGGCAGUGGAACACUUUUCACCAUGUAUGGCGAAUUGAAUUUCAAGUAUGGUGAUUACAUCAUUAUUCCAAGAGGAACGGUGUAUCAAAUUCAUUUCAAUACAGACAAGAAUAGAUUGUUAUAUGUAGAAAGUUUUUCGCCAAUUUUCACACCUAGUCGUUAUCGCAAUCAAUUCGGACAAAUGCUAGAGCACUCGCCAUUUUGUGAGCGAGAUAUUGUUCGUCCGAGUAACUUGAAAACCUAUGAUGAGCAAGGCGAAUUCGAUAUUUUCAUCAAGAAAAAAGGAAUGAUGUUUCCGUAUCAGUACGCAAAUCAUCCUUUUGAUGUAGCUGGUUGGGAUGGGUAUCAUUACCCGUACAUUUUCUCUAUUUUCAACUUUGAACCUAUAACCGGUAGGGUGCAUAUGCCGCCUCCAAUUCAUCAAACGUUCGAGAAUGCACACUUUGUGAUUUGUUCGUUUGUUCCGCGUUUGUAUGAUUACCAUCCUGAUGCUAUUCCUGCUCCAUAUCACCACAGUAAUAUCGAUAGCGAUGAGUUGUUGUAUUAUGUGGAUGGAGAUUUUAUGAGCCGAAAUAAUAUUCAAAAAGGGCAGAUUACGUUACACCCAGGCGGUAUACCGCAUGGUCCUCACCCUGGAGCUAUUGAGCGC